UCAUGCGUCCUCAACAUAUGUCAUUAGGACAAAGGAUAUGCGCGAUCGCAGUUACAUAGUCCACAUUUAAUACUGUGCUGAUAGGAGCAAAAUAUAAAAGAGAACGCAAUAAAAGACGGAAUAAAGGAAGUGUGAUACCGAUCAUCGAAAUCAUGGUAUCCGAUGGGAAGACGAUGACGUCGGGAAAAUCACCCAGAAAGGCGUUGAUCAAGAUGAACCUGAAGAAAACGAAAGGCCAGAAAACGAAGAGGAAGAAGGAGUCCUUCAAUAGAUACGUACACAAAGUAUUAAAACAGAUACACCCUGAUUUAAAAAUCUCCACAAAGUCCAUGGUAAUUAUGGAAAACUUCAUGAUGGACAUGUUCGAACAAAUCUGUUGUGAGGCGUCGCUUCUGACGCAACGUGUGAAGAAAUCCACGCUUACCUCUCGGGAAAUACAGACAGCAGUGAGGAUAAUUCUGCCCGGGGAACUGGCCAAGCACGCGAUGAGCGAAGGGACGAAGGCCGUCGCCAAAUUCAACGCGAGUAAAUUAACCGAUUGACUGGACAACGACUACAUAAUAACUCGACGCGCAUCGCCUUUGAUCUGCAUAAAGUGUAUAAUAUGCGUAAUUUCAUAGUUUUCGUGUAGAAAUGAUAGCUAACGAGAUUAUUAUCACGUUAUGUGUUACUUCGUUGUGUUACUUGAAUCGAUAAUAUAUUAUUACCAUAUUAUUGAUAUAAUAUUUGUAUUAUUGAUAUAAUAUCGUAUGAUACUGAUAUAGAACUAUUGUUAUCAUAGUGACCGAUGAUUUAGAAAAAUAUUAAUGUUGAAUAAAAGUUAUUAUAUUUUUCGACCGGUCGCCGAAUUAUCUCGGUCGUUCAUUUUCACAUGCGUUUCUCGUUUCAGUAACAUUUUUUUCCCCACAAUAAAGUUUCAAAGUUCUCUAUUGCAAUGUCCAAUUGGUAUUGUAUUAUUGUUAAUAGUGGUCGAUGAUUUAGGAAAAUAUUAACGUUAAAUAAAAGUUAUACUUCUCGACCGGUCGCCGAAUUCUCGGUCGUUCAUUUUUGUAUCGUAUAUUUUUCGUUUCUAUAACCUUUUCGUCUCUAUAAUAAAGCUGCAAAACCUC